AUGAGUCUGUCAAUCAUAACGCUCAUUCCUGGAGACGGUAAGACGUAUCCAAAACCAGGCGACACCGUCAGCAUCCACUACAUUGGUACGCUGACAGAUGGAUCCAAAUUCGACUCGAGUCAUGACCGCGGACAUCCAUUCAGGGUGAAGAUCGGUGUAGGUGUGGUUAUAGCGGGUUGGGAUGAAGGUGUUCCGAAGAUGUCAUUAGGAGAAAAGGCUCUCCUCACUGCUCCCCCCGAAUUCGCCUACGGACCGGCGGGCGUGCCGCCAAUAAUACCGCCAAAUGCGACACUCAAGUUUGAAAUGGAGCUGUUAAAGAUCGAACCUGCGUAA